AUGGUUCGGUCAUUACAUCUAAAUACCUUGGUUGGACGUGAUGAGCCAUUGGGAUUAGAGGCAGUGAAUCAGGCCGAUCUACUUACCAGGAUACAGCAGGCCCAGACUUUGGAUGAGAACUUGCAGAAAGUGGCUCUUAACGACAAGACGGAGUAUCAGAUCACAAGCAACGGAACAAUCUUGGUGAAUGGCCGAGUAAGUGUUCCCAAAAGCAAGGAGCUUAAAGAAGAGAUUAUGAUUCAGGCUCAUAAGUCAAAGUUCUCAGUCCAACCUGGGCUGAAUAAGAUGUAUAGGGAUUUAAAAAGGUACUAUCACUGGGUAAGGAUUAAAACAGAUGUGGCCGAGUGGGUGGCGAGGUGUCCUACUUGCCAGUUUGUGAAGGCUGAACAUCAAGUGCCCAAUG